AUGCUUAGACGUACCAAGGCUAACAGUAAGAAAAGACACUCUAUGUUCCUCGACAUCAGGUCUUCGAUAACUGCGCAGGGCGCACUGGAUGAAGAAGACAAGUUUGAUGCAUACCAGGGGAAGAACAAAUCUGCUGAUACUUUACCUUUGGAUGAUUUCGCAUCGACUAGUUCCACUAUGAACAGCACAAAAAAACCACAGAGAAAGGGAAAGCUUAAGAGAAGUAGUGUGAUAUUGGAUAAUACGCUGGUGAGAGAUUACAAUCUGGCGAUUAGACAUUUCGAAAAACUCGAUACACGUACCAUGCAAGCGAGUCACUCAAACAAGAGUAUUGCAUCUACAGGGAGUACAGUAUCUUCACUGUUCUCUUCCACUAGCACUACAUCCAUUCGUGAUCUGCUAUAUGAUGCCAUGGAAAAGGAGUACGAAGAGGACUGUCAAAUCAUUGAUAAAUCGCACAAUAUGAAUUUUGAUUGCCGUCUGCGAGCAGAUGGAACAAGCUCUCGGUACAUUAGGACGAAUUUAGAUUUUGAAUAA